AUGGCGAAUGAGCUUAAGGAAAUUAAUGAUAUUGUAAAAAAAUGCAAAAUUUUACUUUUGGACAUCGAAGGGACAACAACAUCGAUCAGCUUUGUUAAGGAUAAACUAUUUCCUUACGCUGAGGAGAAAGUCAAGCAGUUCUUAGAAAGCCAAUGGGAGAAUGAAGAUGUGAAGGAGGUUGUCAUUGCACUGAGGAAAUUGGCACUAGAGGACAAAGAGAAGAGCGUUGAUGGAGUUGUCAUCAUACCUGACGAGGAUGCGUCUAAGGAGGAGCAGAUUGAAGGUCUGGUGAACAACGUAAAGUGGCAGAUGUCUGCGGACCGCAAGGCGGGCCCCCUGAAGAAGUUGCAGGGGCUUAUCUGGAAACAGGGGUACGACAACGGAGAUAUAAAGGGGCACGUCUACGACGACGUCUCGUCCGCCCUCGAGCAGUGGCGGUCGGUGGACGGCCAGAAGGUGUACAUAUACUCGUCGGGGUCGGUGCAGGCGCAGAAGCUGCUGUUCGGGCAAUCGCAGGCCGGCGAUCUGCUUCCCUUCAUCGAGGGCCACUUCGACACGGCGGUGGGCGCUAAGCAGGAGGCGGCCAGCUACGUCGCGAUCGCGGAGAAGAUAGGCUGCAGGCCCGACGAGGUCCUCUUCCUCACGGACGUCGUUAAAGAGGCGGAGGCGGCGCGCGAGGCGGGCAUGCACGCGGCGCUGGUGAGCCGCGAAGGCAACGCUCCGCUGCCCGCCGAGGCGUCAGCCGCCUUCGCGGUGCUGCACAGCUUCGGCCAGCUCGCCUCCAACAAGCGAAAGACCGAGCCACAGGAUGAACUACCUGCUAAAAUUGCGAAAACUGAAGACGAGAACGGAGCAAAAACUUUGACAGAAGAAAAGCCUGUAGAAUCGAAAACUGAAGAAAAGGUAACGGAAAACGCGGAGAAAAUGGAAGGAGUUGAAGAGGCUCCUGCGGAAGAAAUGAAAGAGCAAAUAGAAUCUGAGAAAUCAAUGGUUACUGAGACAAUUGUCGAAGAAAUUACUGAUGCAAAUGAGCCAAUUGAUGUUCCUGUCGCAGAUAUAGAACCAGUUGUUAUUGAGGAGAAUUUAGAAAAGAAAGAAGAUAAACCAACUGAAAAAAUGGAAACAGAUUCCACUGAAAACGAAGGUGUGUUAGGAGAAAAAGAAAAGGAAGAUGUUGUUGUGGAAAAGAAAGAAAAUAUUACAAAAGACGCUGCUCCAGUUGCUGAAGAAACUCCACCUACAGUUGAAAUUGAAGAGAUAACUAAUGACAAAGCUUUAGAGGAAGCAGAGGAGAUAAUAGAUGAUAUUGAACCAGUCGUUGAAGAACCAGCUGCGACUGAAGAUAUGGAAGUAUUGCAAAGUGUUGGAGAAGUUCUAGAAAAGGAAUGUGAUGAAAUAUUGUCGAAAGUUCAAGAUGUGACUAAUUUAGAUACAAUACCGGUUAAACCUUUACUUAAUACUAUCGCUGAAGAAACUAUGGAAAGCGAAAAUACCGAUUCUAAUGAUAUUGUAGACAGAAUAUUAGACACUGAACAAGAACUUGAAAAGGAAAAAUGUGAAAAAGUUCAACCGGUAAUCAAAGACGUAAAAGAAGAAACAGUUGAGAAGAAAGCGACUAUCGAAGAUGUUAACAAAAAAGAGUCUGAAAAUAUACCAGAACAAAACUUACCCAAGGAAGCUGAAGAGUCUAAAAAGGAAACAACUAAUAAGGACGCAAUACAUUCUGAAAGUAGUAAAGUAGAAUCGAAGGAAGAAAGUAAAACGGAUGAGUCUAAUAAAAGUGAAGUUAAGAAUACUGAGGAAGUUGUUAAAUUAUCCGCUGAACAGAAGUUGCCUGAAGAAAGUUCGGACAGUGAUACAAAAGUUCCUAUUGAAUCGAAAGACAGUUCUGUAGUGGAUGAAGUGAAACCAGAAACAGAGUCAACGGAAUCGCAAGUUAACGGAAAAGCAACAAACGGUGAAUCGCAGUCUGUUAGUUUGAAUGGUGAUGCAAGCAAAGAUGUGGAGUUGAGUUCUCGACUAUCCGCCGAGAAUGGUAAACAGGAGGAAGUCAAUGGCUCCAACGGUGACUCGGGCGGUACAGAGGAAACUCAGGACGAGAAAAAAAGCAACCCACGGAAGCAUAAACGCGUGACGGGCUGGACUGUGGCGUUGUAUCGUUGUUGGCUCACAUCAGGGAAA